AUGGAAGAAAAGCCGCCUCGCCUCUUCAGAGUAGCUAAAAAGAUGUGGAAUGAAUGGACAUUGAAUUUAAGAGACGGACAGUCUCAACAGGUAUUUAUUUCUACAACAAAAAUUUAUCCCUUAGUUUGCUGUUAUACAUUUCUCAUAAACAUCAAAUGUUGUUAUGGAAAUAUGAAUAAACAAACAUGCAUUCACAAACAUGUCCUUCAAUAGCGAAAUCCACCAUUGAAGUCACUCCUAGAAAACGAAAUGCGAAAAUUAGGGGCAAACCAGAAACUAAAAUCUAGAAUCUUUUGUGUUUUGGAAUUUGGAAUCCAGCACCUGGAAUGCGGAAUCCACAGCGUGGAAUUCAGAAUCUAAUACUGUCCUGGAUUACCUUACAUGUGGCAAAUAGACGGUUCUAUCCAGGUCUCGUGAUCUUAUACAUGAAAACGAGGCAAUUUAGUGUUGGCCAUGUUUGUUCCAUUAUUUGGUUUACCGUUAUGCCUUGAAUUUGAGGUUAUUAAGAUUCCUUCUUGACUUUUCAUAGCUCUGUUCAUCUACGACAAGAUAAUACGAUAAGCCUGCUAAAUUUUGUGUGGUUUAGAUUUGAAAAAUACCUGUGUGCAAAUCUAGUAUAACUGUAAGUAGAGUUAUGUUACGGAUGAGAUUUUAUCGCUGAGGUUCACUAUGCUACCAAAGCUGACACGUAAUUUCCUCCUCAUGAAUACAAAUAUUACUCAAUUACAAAGUUAUCGAUAUAUAACAAAGCCAAUACAGCUUUUGGUGCAAGAGAUUUUUCAAGCAAAUGGUUAUUUAAGUGAAGUAAUUCUCUCUACAGAAUGACAAAGCCAUUCAGAAGAAGUUGCUUUCAGUUUGCCUCCUGCUAAGAGACAAAAGAUCAAAAAAGCUGGCAAUCACACAGUGCUAGUCGUUCACAGCAACCUUUCUAUCAAGUAUAGUGAGACAUGGCACUUAAGCAAUCCAUCAAUUGUGACAAGAAAUCUACAGGAGGCCUAGUUGGGAUGACCAAGAAGGACGGUGCUGUUGAACGUUGAUUUCUGACAAAUCAUGAACGAGCUGCCAUCACAAGAUCGGUGAAAGGAAUGUGCAAUCUAUAAGAUGAGCGGGUGGGUAGCUAGAGAAACCAGAAGGAUGUUCAAGAUCUUGUCAUCUUGGGAUGAUGAAAAUCCAUUUGAUCUAAAGGUAGAUAAGGACACUGCUGACAUCGAACCUCUUAGGAACAUUGUGACUGGUGUCGUGCUACCUGAAAAAGUUGCAAAUCGUCUCAUAAAUGCAUUGAGCAUAGGGCAUCGGGGAAUGCUCAGGUUUAUCACCUCAAACUUAGACAGUGAUAAAGUCAGCUUUGGGGAGCCCCUUUCCAAACUGAAGAUCGAGAAGUUCGAGACAACUAUCAAGAGGUCUCUAAUAGCGUCAAACGAGGAAGUCAUUAAUCUAAGCACAGAUCAAAAUUUAUUUGGGCGACUGUUUGUUGUUGCCAAAAGAGAAAUAAACCUUGAAGAAAUCCUCAGUUACGAGUUAUGCUGUGUCCCUGUCUCUCUUGUUCACCCAGAUGGAAUUGUACGUGAGACAACAAAAAGCUCACUGAUGGCGAUAUUAGAGAAGGAUAUCGACUCUUCAGUCGGUUUGCCUGUGUUAAGCAAGAAA